GAGACCUGCUCGAGAGAGAGGUUCUGCCCACCGGCAUCAUGCUAGGCUCGCUGCUGCAGCCGAUUCGUCAGUCUCUCGGUUCUGAAGAAGCUGUCAAGGUCUUGGCCGGCGUGCGGAGCCUUUGGCUUCAGACUCGGAGCGAACAGCAGGAGCUGGAGGUGGACAGCCGCGACAAGGACUGGCUCGGCGCUUGGCCUGGUAUCUGUGCUGUCGCGAAGCCAGGAGGUGUGUCAACUGAAGACACCUUGGCAAGAUGGGCUUUACUGCUGGCGAUGCCGCUUGGAACGGUUUCCCGGCUUGACCUGCCCACAUCCGGCGUUCUCCCCUUUGCGCUUGGUGGCGAUGAUUCGCCCGAGUACUGGUGCCUGUGCGGUGGCAAGGCCAACGAGACCGGUGUCGUGACCAGCCCGCUUCGGGUGGUCCGCAGUGAGGGUUCCGUCUAUGCCGAGCCCUCUUCGCUGGGCCGUGCCGCCCGCACAGAGUAUCGAGUUCUGUCCUCCUUCCAAGCUGCGACGCUGUUUAGUGCCUCGGCGCCGUUCUCUCUGCUGGAGGCUCGGCCGCUGACUGGCCGCACCCACCAGAUCCGCGUGCACCUGGCAAGCAUCGGGCUCCCCAUUCUCGGAGACGAGGCUUACGGACAGCCGGAACUGAACACCUUGUGCCCGCGGCUCUUCCUGCAUUGUCGGCGCCUGCGUCUCCUGGCGCUGGAUGGCCAGGAGCUGUGCUUGGAAGCCCCGCUGCCAGCGGACCUACGUGGUGUGCUGACGAGCUUGGA